AUGAAGUUCACUAUCUGGUCGAGCCUACUGGCACUGUCGGAUGCCCUGGUACUCCCUGGCUCCCUCCAGCAACGUAGCAACUUCGCUCAUCCAGGACUCCUUCACACAGCAGCCGAUUUUUCUAGAAUCACCAGCAAGGUCAACAGCAAGGCCGAACCAUGGCUCACCGGAUGGAACAAGCUGACCAGCAGCUCGUACCGGUCGCUGAGCUACACCCCCAGUCCGCAGGCGAUCGUGUACCGCGGCGAUGACGGGACUCACACGCAGAACUAUGCGUCGCUGUAUAGGGACAUUGCAGCUGCCUAUGUCACGGCCAUCUACUGGAAAGUGACUGGUGACACGGCCUAUGCGGACAAAGCAAUCAGCAUCCUCGACGCCUGGGCUUCCACGCUGACGGGCAUAUCUGGAUCGUCGGACAAGUUCCUGGCUGCCGGGAUUUACGGCUACGAGAUAGCCAAUGCUGCGGAGAUUAUGCGAACAUACACAGGCUGGUCUGCGCAGAAUGUCGCCAAGUUCCAGGACAUGAUGCUCAAGGUGUUCUACCCGCUCAACCACAUCUUCCUGGAGCAGCACAACGGUGCCGCCAUCGACCAUUACUGGGCGAACUGGGACUUGUGCAAUAUCGCCUCCGUAAUCUCCAUCGGGGUGCUGACAGAUAACCACACCAUGUACGACGAGGGCGUUAACUACUUCAAGACCGGGGCCGGAAAUGGACAGAUAGAAAAGAUGAUCUGGAAGCUGUACCAGGUCGACGGACAGACUCUGGGACAGGGACAGGAAGCGGGCCGGGACCAGGGCCAUGCGAUGCUGGAUUUCGCUCUGUUGGGAGUUAUUGCCCAAACGGCUUAUAACCAAGGCGAUGACUUGUUUGGAUAUUUGGACAAUCGCAUUCUUGCCGGAGCCGAGUACGUCGCCAAGUACAAUCUGGGCAAUGAUGUGCCCUAUACGACCUACACCAACAGUGACGUUACUCAAACCGUCAUCAGUAGCGCCAGCCGUGGAGACAUCCGCCCCAUGUGGGAACUCCUUUACAACCAUUACGGAGUGCUGAAGCGGUUGGACGUCACGUACACCAAGCAAUAUCGCGACCUGGUGGUGAAAAAUGGCUCCGGUGCCGAAGGGGGCGGAGGAAACUACGGACCGAACAGUGGAGGGUACGAUCAGCUCGGAUAUGGAACUUUGAUGUAUACGUUGUAG